GAUGCUGAUGUCCUAUUCUUCGGAGGACAGCCGCGAAGGUUCCGUUCGAUACCCUUCAAAUUUCCUCCGGUGCGAAAGUGUACACGUGCAUGUAACAUCGGUGACAGAAACCUGUGACAAAAUCCCUUAAACAAUUUAACGAGACACAGUUUCUUCGCGACAAUAAAAUGUGAUUGGUUUCGCAUAACUAUUACGCAUAAGUGACACUGAAGAGCCUCUAGAAUCUCUUGAAUCAACUGUGAUCAUUCAUUAUUCCGAUAAAAUGAAGCCCGGUUGCUCCAAACACUUCGUCAACAAGGUGGUAAUUUUCUGCUGUUUCAUGGAUACCAUCAUCGCCGGUGCUCUACAGAACAGGUUCCCCUGCGCUCCGAUCGACGCAAUUCCCGUGGAAGGAGCCGCUGCGGUUCCCGUGGCCUGUACUCUUCAAACCGGAAAUAAGGAUCCCCUGCCAACGUACGUGAAAGUUGCCACGCCAAUUUCGUACAGGCUACUUCCAAAAUCCUCGUCGUUGGUCUACAUCGCGCCCGCCAUCUUUAAAACAGCGUCCGCCGUCGUCGCGAGGGACACGAAAAGCGAGAAAGAAACCGAGUAUUCGGCUUACCCGAAAUAUUCGUUCAACUAUGGCGUCCUAGACGGCUAUACAGGUGAUUCGAAGUCUGCGUGGGAGGAAAGGGACGGUGACACAGUGAAAGGGGAAUAUUCGGUGGUCGAAGCUGAUGGAUCGAUUAGGACAGUUACUUAUACUGCGGACAAUCAUAACGGGUUCAACGCAGUCGUCACCAGGAAUGAGCCACCGAAAAUUUUGAAACCGGAAGCAAACUUGAAGGCGUUCCUGCCGGCUACGCUUCUUCCCCGUCCCCGCUGAAUCGAUUUUCUAUGUCGGAUUAUCUAUUUAUCCUCUAAACAAAAAGCUAUCGCUAAAAAAAUUAGAGGAUCACGUUAAACUUUAAAAGAAUCGGGAACUGUUUCGUUGAACUUACUUUGCUAAUAGAAAUAUCGGUGUAACACUUUUCUCUUUUAACAAUUUCCAGUCGUUCACAUUUUAUAGAUUAUUUGUUUAGUAUUAACUUAACAUCAAAGACAUAUUGUGAUAAAAUAGAAAAAUUAAGUAACACAAAACAAUGUACAAUAGUGAACAUCAAAAUAUUUUUUUGUGUUGGCUUUGCUGCUUCUUUCUUUUUCAAUAACAUUUUAGUGGGAGAGAGGAUAGAGUAAACAAAUGCGUUAAAUUAGUUUAUAUAUUAACAUAAAAAUAUUAUAUUCUUCAGUACAUAUCUCUCAUUUUUUAACGUGAUUCCCUAAUUGUUUUAGGCAGUAUGUAGUCCCUGUUAGUAGAGUUUAGUGGUUCGUUUAGAUAAUCAACAUUAUUGAACAUACAUAUUUAGGCGAUUUACAGCCAUAAUUAAAAUUAUUUCGUCGCACGUGAUCAUUGGAACCGCCGCCAUUGCGUUUCGUUCUGCCAGCCAUUUUGUUUCAUAAAAGCCAACAGACAAUUUUAUUAUAUUUUUGCAAUGAUAAGUUAUGUCAAUAAUUCAAUUCGAAACAAAUUAUCUUUGGUCCAAGCCAAAAUGCUUCUUUUUCCUGUCCUCGAAUUUAUUCAAAGAGCCUGAUGUUUUGGUCAAAAAUAUUCAAUUUACGAUAUUAGAACUGAAAUCACAAAAAAAUAUAAAUAAUAAGAAAGCUCAAUAAGCGUUCGAUUACUUCCGAAUAAUUUAUUUAUAACACUAUAAACACUCGAGUACGCUGGUUACAAAAAAAUACUUUUUUUUGGAAUUUUUAUAGGUCUUUUCUUAAAAUUUCGAUCUUUCAGGUUGAAUAGUCGCGUGAAAAAACUUACAUAUAAUAUUACUUAACAUUCAGAACACAAUAAUCGAGUAAAGAUUUAUUUCGAAAGAUCCUAAAAAUGGUUGAAAAUCAAACGAUUCCAACGGUUAAAAUUACAAAGAAAUGUUGAAAAUCUAACGUUAGUUCUUUGUGCAAUCAAAUUAAUCUUAAUUGUACACUACAACUACAAUUCCGAUACUGUAUUUGCGUGUGUGUGAGUGUGUAUUACAAAAUGAUUAUUAAAAAACAUUAAAAUCGGCGUCUCUUGUACUCGUAUUUGCUACUUCCAAAAUACCACGAACUUUAACUGUUAUGAAAAAACAGGCUGGCUAUUUGUUGCAAAGAAACGCUAAAAAGUACAAGAGACAUGAAUUAAAAAAAUAUUAGGUCGUGACCUGCGCUAUUUUCAAUCUUAAACCUAACAAAUACUGUUCGUCUGACUAUAAAACCAAAGAAAA